GAGAGAGCCCAGCAAGUAGAAGGAUGGCCCACUCUGGAGCAGGCCCAUCUGCUUUCAGGGAGGAUGCUGACACCGCGCUGUACUGGGAAGCCGCGGGCAACCUGUCGGACGGCGUGUGGCUGGUGAACGGUAGCCAGUGGCUGGAGGAUGUGGGCCAGCCCGGGGCCUGGGAGUUGCUCCUGGCCUCGGUGUACUGCGUGCUGUGUGCGCUGGGCCUGGCCGCCAACUCGCUGGUGAUCUGUCGGCUGGGCCAGGCGGCCGGGGCCAGCACGGUGGCCGGGGUGUACGUGCUGAACCUGGCGGUGGCCGACGGCCUCUUCGUGCUGGGGCUGCCCUUCCUGGCGGCGCAGCUGGCGGCGCGGCGCUGGCCCUUCGGGGCGGCCCUCUGCCGCCUGGUCAUGCUGCUGGACGCCCUCAACCAGUUCGCCGGCGUCUUCUGCCUGACGGCGCUGAGCGUGGACCGCUACCUGGCGGUGGCCCGGCCGCUGGGCUACCGCCGCUGGAGGAGCCCGAGGCUGGCGCGGGGCCUGGGCGCAGGCCUCUGGGCCUUGGCCUUGGUGCCGGCGCUGCCCGUGGCCCUGUACUCCGCGGUGGUGGGCAGCCCCGGGCUCUGCGUGCUGGCGUGGCCGGAGCCUGUGUCCGCCUGGAGCGCCGCCUUCAUCCUGUACAGCUUCGUGCUGGGCUUCCUGCUGCCCUUCACCGCCAUCUCGGUGUGCUGCGGCCUGCUGCUGCUCAGGCUCCAGGCCCAGGCCCAGGCCCGGGCCCGGGCCCAGGCCGCGGCCUCCUCCCCCGAGGGCAGGCUCACCACCCUGGUGCUGGCGAUGGUGCUGGCCUUCGCUCUCUGCUGGCUGCCCUUCUACACCAUUAACCUGUGCCUGGUGUGGCAGGCCCGGCCCCCCAGCCCGCCCGUGCUGCGCCUCUUCCAGCUGCUGGUCGCUCUCUCCUACUCCAACAGCUGCGCCAACCCGCUGCUCUACAUCGGCCUCUCCGGCCGCUGGCCCCGCCGCAGCACCGGCCCCGGGAGACACACCGGCACCGAGAGCCUGGCCAGCGGCUCCGCGGGAGGCCUCGGAGAGUGACGAGGGAGGGCGGCCUUUCUCAUCCGCCCCCCUCCCCAAA